AUGCAGUCGCUCAACAUCACCCCUGAGCUCUUCUCCCGGCUGCUGCGCGACCACAACCUGACCCGCGAGCGCUUCAUCGCGCAGUACGGGCUGCGGCCGCUGGUGUCCGCCCCGGAGCUGCCGGCGCGCGCCAAGCUGGCCUUGGCGCUGACCGGCGGGCUGCUCUUCGCGCUGGCGCUCUUCGGCAACGCGCUGGUGGUCUACGUGGUGGCCCGCCGCAAGGCCAUGCGCACCGCCACCAACAUCUUCAUCUGCUCCCUGGCGCUCAGCGACCUGCUCAUCGCCUUCUUCUGCAUCCCGGUCACCAUGCUGCAGAACGUCUCGGACACCUGGCUGGGGGGUGCCUUCGUCUGCAAGAUGGUGCCCUUCGUGCAGUGCACCGCUGUCGUCACCGAGACCCUGACCAUGACUUGCAUCGCCGUGGAGAGGCACCACGGGCUCGUGCACCCUUUCAGGAUGAAGUGGCGCUACACCCGCCGGAGGGCUGCCGCCAUGCUGGGUGCGGUCUGGCUGGUGGCGGUCAUCGUUGGAGCCCCCCUGUGGCACGUGCAACGGCUCGAGAUUAAGUACGACUUCCUGUAUGAGAAGCAACACGUGUGCUGCUUGGAGGAGUGGGCCAGCCCCGUGCACCAGAAGGUCUACACCACCUUCAUCCUCGUCAUCCUCUUCCUCCUGCCCCUGGUGGUGAUGCUCAGCCUGUACAGCAGGAUCGGCUGUGAACUCUGGAUCAAGAAGAGGGUGGCGGACAGCUCGGUGCUUGGCACCAUGCACGGGAAGGAAAUGUCCAAGGUGGCCAGGAAGAAGAAGCGGGCUGUGCUGAUGAUGGUGACGGUGGUGGCCCUCUUCGCCGUGUGCUGGGCGCCUUUCCACACUGUCCACAUGGUGCUCGAAUACAGCGAUUUCGAAAAGGAACACGACGAGGCCACCGUCAAGAUGAUCUUUGCCAUAGUGCAGAUCAUCGGGUUCUCCAACUCCAUCUGCAACCCCAUCGUGUACGCCUUCAUGAACGAGAACUUCAAGAAGAACUUCUUCUCCGCAGUUUGCCACUGUGUAGCAAGAGAAGCCCGCCCCUCCGCGCCGAGGCGCGGGCCCCCGGGCCCGGCGAGGACGCGGAAGGGCGCCGUGGGUUGCCGCAGGGAGAGCCCCAUCCAGGAGACCAAGGGAGAGGCGUUCAGCGACGGCAACAUCGAGGUCAGGCUGUGCGACUGGCCCAAGGAGAAAAGGAAGUGA